AUGAAGGCCGGAGCUGCUGGGGUGGGAUCAGACUCGGGCCACGCUGUGGGCCUGCUGGGAGGCCAGGAGGAGAGGGAGCUUCCUGUGACGCUGCCAGAGGUGGUGGAGGACAAGGAGCAGGAAGACGACGGUGACCCUUACUCCACUUGGCACGCCCUAUACGACCCUUUCGUAAUGGAUGAGGUGGAUGACCAUCCGAGCAGCCGCUGGGUGGGGCGCUCUCCGCGCUCCUCCGACCCCACGGAACCUCAGCCCAAGGGAUCAUCAAAGAAAAAGAAGAAGAGGAAGAAGAAAGAAAAGGAGGAAGAGGAGGAGACAGGGAGAGGAGAGAGGAAGGGUAAAGGUAAAGGCCGGCCGCCCAAGCAGAGCAGCAGGGACUGCCGCGUGGAGAAGAGAGAGAUGAGAGUUCGGGACCUGGGACUGGGCUUCGACUCAGACGAGAUUGUCCUCUUCAAGUUCUGCGUGGGCUCCUGCCAGUCCUCCAGGACGAACUAUGACCUGGCACUGAAAGCGCUGCUGGAGAACGGCUCGCUGCCCCGGCGCACCGCCCGCAAGGUCAGCGGCCACCCGUGCUGCCGGCCCGACCGCUACGAGCCCGUUUCCUUCAUGGACGCCCAGACCACGUGGAGGACCAUCCAGUCGCUGUCCGCCGCCAGCUGCAUGUGCAUGGGCUGACGAGAUAAACGAGGGAGGGGGUGAGGAGGAGCAGCGUCACCCAUCCUGAACAGAGGAGUGUGGAAAGUGUGUACGUAUUAAACAACCAGAGGGAGGCGCUGUCUCACGCACAGCACAGGAAGUGAAAGAGGCCACUGGUUCGACUCCUGCGGCCAUUUUCCUGCUGAGGAGGAAGAGUGCUGUUGGAGGAUCAAGGAUGGAAGUCAGACUGCGGAGGAGGUCAGCGGGGAGUCCAGCCCUGGGUUUGUUGUUGCCUCAUCAAACGAGAGAAUUGUUUUAAACUGAAGAACUGAUGCAGAAUCCUGGAGGCUCCUCAUGAAAGAGACUCCUCGUGUGUUUUAUAUGAGCGAGACCUGAAGGCUGAAGCUCGAGAGAUUUAAAGAAAAAACCAAAACGACACAGUUGGAGGAGCAACGCUGUGUUUAUAUUCAGCUUCAGACCGACCAGACGGAGAUGAUGUUCGCUGCUCACAGUGAAAGCAGCUCCGUCCUAAAGCUCCACCUUUUGUUUUCCUCCACACACAAACAGGGACAUGACGUGGUCGUAGAUGUUCUAUGUUCAGGUGAACUCAGCCAAAUGGAUGCCAUGCAUCUUCAUGUAUUACUGUGUAAAAGUAAGAUAUAUUUAUUUCAGAUAAAUUAUUUAUUUAUUAUGGCUUCAUGUGAGAGCUGUUAACUCUAUAAUGUAGAUAUAUAUAUCUAUUUAUUGCCAAAAGUCACAUUUCAUGUUGUGCUUGCAUUCAGUACGUGUUUUUUCUUUCUUUCUUUUCGAGGUGCUGAUCUUCACCUUCAGAACCUCAGAUCCGGGCUGAUUCUGGGUAGAAUUAGAUAAACAACACAAAUCCCAGAAUUCAUAUUCUUUUUUAAAUUUCAUGUCCGACUAAUGACUGUCAGACAAACUGACCUGCAUUAAAAUGAUGUGGUAUAUUUAAAUAAAUGUUUUUCCUCUGAAGCGCCUCAGACUCUCGGGUUUGAUGGCUAAUCGCUAUUUUUGGCAUCAAGUUUUGGAAAAAGAACGUCCGUUUGGCUUAAAGUGACCUUUCUAAACGGAUGAAACCCAACACUGGCUUCUCAUUUUAAAGUGUUUCAGUAAUUCAGCUCAGUUACGCUCUCCAGUACGUCACUCUGUCAUUAUUACUGUUAUUAUUAUUAUAAAGUUUCCUUUAUUUUUGUAUGGCAUUAUCCUCUAAGGGAAUAAAGUUUUUUUUAAAUAUG